AUGUCCCCAAUUAGCAGGGCCGUGUCGGAGAAGCUGUGGAAGUGGCAGUACAAGCUACAGCACCUUGGCGAAACCGGAGAGAAAACUCUCUCCGACUUCUCGUCGUCUGACUCAGCCAUCGGUGGAAACGACCCUAAAGGUCCACAUGGGGAGAAGAAGAAAACAAACAGAAAGAACGGUGAACCACCCCAGGGUCUCGCAUCAUCUGCUGCCGGAUCCAACAAGAACGGCGAGCACGGUGCCACGGCCUCGGUCAAGACGUUCUACGAAGGGCCCGACUCGCGCGAAGGCGUAUACAGGUGGGUUGAUUACCCGCCAAAGCAGCUGAGAAAGAGCGCGGCAAAGGCCCACAACCGAGUUGCCAUCCAUGUCUUCAAGGUGAAGAACACGGAGAAGCCCGUCAUCUCGGGUCGCUUCAGUCUUCGGUACCACAUGGUCGAAGUCCAGAAUCCCUUGCUGGUGGCCGCCCUCGCAGAGAUUCUUAAGGAGCAAGAUAUCCACCUCGAUCCCGGGGAGAACGCAAGCUUCAAGUACCCCUUCCAGGAGCUCUACUUUAGCUACGACGACAUUGUGGCCAAACACCGCGCCUUGGGUGAUACGGAUCCCAGCCAUCCACUGAUGCCUUUCUUGCGCUUGUUCAUUGCCUUGCUCGACGACAUCUUCGCAGAUACACGGGCCAAGCUGAAGGCUCUUCAAGCUGAUGGCCUGGUGUCGUUCAAACUCGCCUGGGCCUUCUUCCCCAAGAACACAACAGUUAUCUCGUGGGGCAACAACUGCGAGCUCCUUUCCAGGGUGACGGGUACCACAUACCAGACCCUGGGCAGCCGUGCGAUGGGCUUGACGAUUCAGUGCGAGAUGCUCCGGUUCGACGGCAGCAACUUCCUAUGGGAUGACUACUCGAUCAGCAUCCCUGCCUUUGGCGGAAACCGGCCCAUUACCGAGCUGGCGGCCCACCCGCUUGAGUUUCACGACUCUGCCGAGGAUGUCCGGGCGAGACUGACGAGCCGUGGGAGAAAAGCCUUGGACUAUCAGGGGCUAGCUUAUGCCAGCUACAGCGGCAUCGCCGUCGAUAUGCAGUCUGGAGGAAAGCACAAUGUUGACGGCAGGGUCCUCAUCGACGUGGCUGGCUACAACAGGCACCAUUUGGCUCAGGGGUCCCGCGAAAACAACGACCCGCAGACCAAGAAGAGGCGGUUGGUCAUAGAUGUCGACGACGACGAAACGACGGUCGCCGCAUCAACCUCUGCCGAAACCACAGCCGCCACUACAGGCACCAGGCGUGUCAGCCCAGCGGCCCAGGAGCGCAACAAGCAGAUCCUGUUGGCAAAAGAUGCCGAGCAGCCGCUGCUCAUGUUCAUGCUUCCCCUGAUCGACGGGUACGCGCUCACAAACAAGCGCUGGCUCUCCUUCUUUGUCGAAGACAUCAAGCCUGUGACCUGGAACGACCAGGCAUAUGAUCACCUAGUCUACGACGAACAGAGGAAGGACCUUGUCAUGUCCUUUGUCGAGAGCCAUAGUGGCAUCCGAAGCGGCACCUCGGGUCCAGGAGAACAGGGGCCGAGCAAAGUAAUGGAGGAUGUCAUUGCUGGAAAAGGGCAGGGCUUGAUCAUACUCCUCAGCGGGCCUCCAGGAACUGGCAAGACGCUCAUGGCAGAAGCCGUGGCAGACCGCACGCAGCGGCCGCUGUUCCAUCUCCAGGCCGAAGACCUCGGUAUCAACGCGGCCGUUCUUGGGGUCAACAUUAAGAAGGUGUUCCAGAUGGCAACCGACUGGAACGCUGUCAUCUUGCUUGACGAGGCAGAUGUCUUCAUGGCUGAGCGACACCCUCAGGACAUUGCCCGCAAUGAACUCGUCUCCAUCUUUUUGCGUGAGCUCGAAUACUUUCGCGGCAUCAUUUUCCUGACCACCAACCUGUACAGCACCAUCGAUUCGGCGUUCCGCAGCCGCAUCAGCCUGCAUCUGCUCUUUAAUCCACUCACGCCCGAAGCACGCAUGCUCGUCUGGGAAAAAUUCCUGGACCGACUAUCGCCCCGACAACCCAAGUCAUCCGCAGACCCCGAGAGACCAGUGGCUCUGGAGAACGGGCAAGGAAAGGAUGGUUCUGCCGAAAGUGGUGAAGCAGAAGGGGACGGUAACUUGCUAACCAGCAAAGACAUCAAGGAACUCGCAACGUGGCAGCUGAACGGGCGGGAGAUUAAGACGGCCGUGAAGAUGACAAAGACUUGGUGCGACCACAAGGGAUACCCGCUCACUCUGGCAAGAAUCGAAAACGGAAUCAAGGUGACCAGCCCUCAUGCGAGCAAGUGCAACCAGGAGAAUGAUACGUCGCUCUACGACGAAUGA